AUAAUAAAAUAAGUAAAGUCAUAAACAACUACUACUAGCUAGAAAGGCAAAAAAAAUAAUAAUAAAAAUAAAAAUAAAAAUAAAAACGAACGAAAAGGAAUCAAAACCUCGAAUAUUCAUCCAACUCUUUAUAAAGCUACUUUUUUUCUCUUGCACUAGAAACAAGGAAAAUAAGAAAGAGAAAAUACUGAAAAAGAUUCGUUAGUGUUACGCGACGGGCCGACUUUGAUACCUUUGUUCUAAUCUUAUUUCUUCAUUUUUUCCUAAAAAUAAACCCAGAAAAAAAAAAUUUAUAAAAACUUAGGUGUCAAGUUUAUUCUUUUGUGAUUCUACUCAGAUCCCUUUGUUCUUUAUUAAUCAACCCCACCAUAUUUUUUUUAAGCUUACCAUAAAAUCAACCUUCAUAAAUCACAACUUUUCUCCAUUUUUAGUUCCUCAAAAGUUGAUAAUAUUUCAUUUUCUUAGGUGAUAAAACCCCAAAAAAAUAAUAAAAAUGAUGGAUUUUAGAAAUAAUAUGCAGAAAUGUCAGGAAUAUAUUCAUGCGUUAGAAGAUGAAAAGAAGAAGAUUCAAGUUUUUCAGCGUGAACUUCCUCUAUGUUUAGAGCUUGUUACUCAAGCAAUUGAAGCAUGUAAACAACAAUUAUGUGGAAAUGGGACAACUACUACAACAGAGUGUUUAAAUGGUCAUUCAGAGUGUUCAGAACAAACAACAAGCGACGGUCCAAUUUUGGAGGAAUUUAUGCCCUUAAAAAGGAGUAAUUCUACAGAUGAUGAUGAUGAAGAUGAGCUUGAAUCAGGAAAACCCCAAAUUAACAAUAUUAAUCUUAAUAACAAUAACAAUAACAAUGAAAAAUCUGGGAAGAAAUCAGACUGGCUUAGAUCUGUUCAGUUAUGGAACCAAACCCCAGAUCCACCUACCACUCAAGAGGAUCAUCAGCCAAAGAAAGUGGUGGUUGUGGAGGUGAAGAGAAAUGGUGGAGGUGGUGCAUUUCAACCAUUUCAAAAAGAAAAGACUAGCAAUGGGAAAGAAAAUAAUGACAACAAUAUUUGUAAUAAUGAUAAACAACAACCGGCUUCGACACCGACCGCCUCCGCUUGCUCGAGUGCUCAGGAGGCGGAGAUGGGACCGAGUAGCGGCGGCAGUGGUGGAGGUAGUAAGAAGGACAAGGAUGCACAAUCACAAAGGAAAGCAAGGAGGUGUUGGUCUCCUGAGUUGCAUAGGAGAUUUGUGCAUGCUCUUCAACAACUUGGUGGAUCACAUGUUGCUACUCCAAAGCAAAUAAGGGAUUUGAUGAAGGUGGAUGGACUUACCAAUGAUGAAGUUAAAAGCCAUUUACAGAAAUAUCGUCUGCACACAAGAAGACCAAGUUCAGGUGUUCACAACAAUGCCAAUCAACAAACUCCUCAAUUCGUAGUCGUAGGAGGCAUUUGGGUGCCUCCAGAGUACGCUGCAACGACAGCAGGUGACACGAACACGGUCGCUGCUCCAGGCAACAUCUACGCCCCCAUAGCAACCGUGGCAACACCACCACACUUGCGCCAAACAUCUCCGCAUAUGCAGCAUCAAAAACAAUCUAGUCAAUCACAUUGCGAAGAAAGGGGGAGUCAUAGCGAGGGAGGUGUUCAUUCCAACUCCCCUGCUACGUCGUCUUCUACACACACAACCACGGCUUCUCAUGCACAUUAAUUAGAGUGUUUCUUGGUCUUGUAUCUUUUUGUUUACAAGUUCAUAUAAAGGUGUAGAGAUUUUGUAACAAGACAUCGGUGGAACACUCUUUUUGUAUUAUGAGGAAGAUAAAUACUAGACCAAUUGACAGUUAUAGAAAAAAAUAUGUUUGUUAAAUUCUUUGUAUAAUUACUCUUCUUCAUUCGUACAUUUUGGAAAUAAUCUUUUAGUCAAGUGUCAUUCAAUGUUGAAGUUGAAUGGCCUAUA